UCACAGCGUGGUUGGACUUCCAAGAUGGCGUACGCAGAGUCACCAAAAGGAUUGUCGAAAUGGCAGCAGGUUGUACGAAAUGCAAAGGCCUUUGGCACUUUUCUCUACGACAAAGAGAAAGGAGAAGUGAUGGGAAGAGGUGCCGAGAGCUGGGGGAAGAUUACUGUAUUCUUCAUCAUCUUCUACUUGUGUCUGGCCGGCUUCUUCGCUGCGAUGCUGAACGUAUUUUUAGCUACAAUGCCUGACCCAGCAAAAGCUGAGGGGCCAAAGUUUACUCAAUACCUCGCUGGCAGAUCUGCCCUCAGAAUUUCACCUUCACACAAGAUAUCAAAUUUCAAUAAAGAUAAAAGUGGAGAGUAUAAUGGAUACGUUAACUCUAUUAAUGAUUUUUUGAGUGCAUACAAGCAGCAAAAUGACACUGACUUUGCUGCAGAGUACUGCAACUUCACUUCCACUAAGCCUAUGCCUUCUGGUCAAGAAAAGCAAUGCAAGUUUGAUCUGACACAGCUUGGUCCUUGCUACAGUAACGCAAAUGGUUUCAGUUAUGGGUAUGGUGAUGGUGCACCUUGCUUCUUUAUGAAGAUGAACAAGGUUUAUGAUUGGGUGCCUGAACCUGAUGAUGGCCUGAGCUAUAUCAAGAUAGUGUGUGAGGGGGCAAAAGUGUAUCCAGAGCAAACUCCUGGCUUCCCUGUUGGCUUUUUCCCAUACCGUGGUCAAGGAAAAUGGCUAUCUCCCAUUGUUGCAGUGCAAAUCAAUGGUACCUCCAAUGAAGAAGCCAAGUGUAGCGCUUAUGCAAAGAAUGUGGAGCGAUCAAGCACCUUCCUCUUGGAGAGAGGGGCCUAUAAUCGGGUCAGAAUACAAAUUCAGUAGUUAGUCCUGUAAUGAUAGUCUUCAGGUUUGAGAUUCAUCUGCCUUGUAUCUUUUUUCAAAAUUUGGGAGUUUAAAACAUUUUCUACACAAGAUAACAGAAAACCAGCCUAACAAACAAAACAAUCCAUCAAGAAAAUACUCUUUUGUGUGGAAACAGUAAAAGACUUGCCUAUCUUGUUUUAUUGUGUAGCUACAGAAAAUAUAAUAUUUCCAAAAUAUUUCCUUCACUUGUUAGAGAAAACGAAUGCUUAUUUCCAAAUUUUAGCAAAUAUGCUGAAUUAUUCGCCAGACCUCCAAGAACGACAAUUUCUUUAAAUUUUUCCCUAUUCUUCCCUCAUUUUCCCCAGACCUUCUAAGAACCACAAUUUGUUUAUAGUUUUCCCUAUUCGUCCCUCCAAAUGAGUAAAAUUGAAUCACGUUUGUAAGUAUUUUUCUGGAACUGCACAAUACUGUCUUUUCUUGUUGUMAGUAAUUGCAUAAAUUAUUCUAGUCAAUUUCUUUUUAAACUUUAAAAUGAAAAGCCAGUUUUCACAUCUUGUAUAUUAGUUAUCAUUCCUUUGAUAAUUUAAAAAACCUGGUAUGUCAAACUUAGUGGUAAUUUGACAUGAAUUCAGAAUUGUUAUUAUAAUCUCUUCCAUAAAUCUUUUUUAUAGCCUAGAAGACUUUGACUUUUCAAGUUAUAAUUAUUAUUAUUAUUAUACACAUUUCCAUGCACAUAAGUAGGACUUCCUCAGUUACCAAAUCUAGGUGCUUACAUAUUGUCUAGCUUCUGUAUGAUUCAAAUGCAUGAAAGGAUCCCAUAAAAGGCAUACACUGAAUUGAAAUAUGGCCACUAUUUUGAAUAAAUAUUCUGGAUUGAUGACUAGCCUCUCACAUGUGAAAGAGUCUUUGCAUGUGAAUACGAGGCUAGUCAGUCCAGAGCAAUAGUUAUUUUAAUUGGUUGUCAUAUUUGAUUCAGUAUUUAAUGGGUGCCAAAAGUAGAUGAUAAUGCAUUAUGUUUUUGCUAACUGAGAAAACUGCUUUUUUAUUUCACCUUAUUUUUUGAUCAAACUUGCUAUGUCAUACAUUACCUGAAAUGAAGCAUCAUUUUUGGGGUAAGAUGUUGUAUGAUAGGGUGUUGGAGGUAUGCAUUUUGAAUGAUAUGAGUGUUCAAGUGGGAUCAGUUUUUUUAAACAUUGUACUUCACAUGAUAUUAUUUUAGAAAUAUUUUGCUUAUUACCCAUGAAACAAAAUUCAACAAGUCAUAACCUAAUAAUUAAAAAACAACGCCAGAAUUAUCAUUUCAUCAAGCAAACUUUUUUCAGAAUUUUUUUUAGCUUAAUGAAACAUGAUUCACAUCUUUAGACCUGUAACUUUUGUGAAUCCGGCCCUCUUGAUUGGCUAUGCUGAUAUGUCAAUGAUAUCCAGUCAGCAGAGGCAGCCAAAACAAUGUUGUGACAGAUUUGGCAAAAUUUCCAAGAUUUUUAUUAUUUCUAUUGCUUUUCAACUAGCUUGAUAUAAUAAAACUGCUGGUGGUGCUUUCAACCUGGCUGGCUUUAUCUGUGCCUUAGAAACUACUAACUUGCAGCCUUUUUGUAGCCUGCACCAGGCCAAACUUGUCUGUGGGUUAAUUCUAAGAGAGCUAAAGUCGGGCUGCACUCAGGAUACCUAUAGGUUGUGGGAUGUAGUUAUAAUUGGAUUAAUAUAUAUUUCAUGGGUUAAAUGGAUUCUACAGUAUUUCAUUUUGAAUUUAAUUGGUUUCUUAUGAUUCUAUUAGCAUUAUCCUUUUUCCAAAGGUGUUUCUUAUUCGUUUACGAAGUGACUUGUUGUACUUAUUAUUUCUGUGUUUUUGAAUUUUGAUUAUUCAGAAAGUAUGUAUUUUUGUCUUGAAGUGAAUCGGCAUAAAUAUCUUUCAAACGUAAUAAACUUUGCCUUGUCUUUAA